AGGCCCUCCACUGUACAAUAGGAAGAGGCUUCAUAAAUAUAUAGCCUUCAGCCGUAUGGUCUACUGUAAGGUCUGCUAAAUGGACCGUGGCCCACAGUUGUCGCAGCCCAUCAGCGGUGAGCAGCUGAUCUGUCCUCUGGACAGACUGGACAGACGGGUUGCCGUCGCUCUGCUGCACUUGCCCGCCGCGCUGGAGCAGAGACAAACUCCUGCCUUAGACUAAACAGCAAACCAGACAGAAAAGCAAGUGGUAAAGAAUAAUAUUCUUACUUUAUAUAAUUGCUUGGUUUUGGACGCCAUGGUGAAACAGCGACGCAUCAGAGCGCAUUCCUGUUGCGCAGCUGUUGCGCCUCUUUGUUGCAGAAGAGGACCACUGAAGACUCUGACAGAGCCUGCCAUCUUUGCCAGGGAGACCAGUUGUGAUUGUCGCGCCCCUCAUGAGAAACUAACCAUCGCUCAGGCCCGCAGAGGCACCCCAGUGGACCGGCCAGUCAGAGUCUACGCAGAUGGCAUCUUUGACCUGUUCCACUCUGGACACGCUCGUGCUCUCAUGCAGGCCAAGAACCUCUUUCCCAACACCUACCUUAUUGUAGGAGUGUGCAGUGAUGAGCUGACCCAUAAGUACAAGGGUUUCACAGUCAUGACGGAGAUUGAACGUUAUGAAGCGCUGAGACACUGCCGCUAUGUCGACGAGAUUUUGAGAGACGCACCCUGGACUCUCACACCAGAGUUCCUAGAGAAACACAAGAUCGAUUUUGUGGCUCAUGAUGAUAUUCCAUACUCCUCAGCAGGAAGUGAGGACGUUUAUAAACACAUCAAGGAGGCAGGGAUGUUUGUGCCUACACAACGGACAGAGGGAAUCUCCACAUCUGACUUAAUUACCAGAAUUGUCCGAGACUAUGACGUCUAUGCCCGACGCAACCUCCAACGUGGCUACACUGCCAAGGAGCUUAACGUCAGCUACAUCAAUGAGAAGAAGUACCGGCUGCAGAACCAAGUGGACCGAAUGAAGGAGAAGGUUCGCACGGUUGAGGAGAAGAGCAAGCAUUUUGUGUACCGUGUGGAGGAGAAGAGUCACGACCUCAUUCAGAAGUGGGAAGAGAAAUCCAGAGAGUUUAUCGGCAACUUCUUAGAACUUUUUGGACCUGAUGGGACUUGGGUGUUUCAGGAGCGCAGUGGACGAAUGCUGUCCUACGCUCUUUCCCCCCGAGAGUCGCCCUGCAACAGUCCUCCCCGCGAACUGUCCCCCCUGCGCUCUCCCUCACCCCCAUCUCCCCCCGCCCGCUGGCACAAUGCACGGCCCUCGCCCCCAGCCUCCCCCAAAGGCGCCUCUGCCUUAAUAAGCAGCAUGAGUGAAGGUGAUGAAGAUGAGAAGUAAAUGGACUGUUGAACACACACAUGUACACACACACACACACACACACACACACCCACACACCCACACACACUUCACCCAUAGUACACUGCCUGAGAACUGCUCACACACACACACACAAACACAUGUACUCCUACAGACACUGGCUGGAUACUGAAACAGUUCUCCUCAAGGAAGUUGCUAAUAUGCAAGGCAGACGGUGAUCAUGGGAAAUGAAGUUCUGUGCUGCAGAGCAAAGAAGCCAUCACUGUCUCUGUUGUCUGGGCAACCAAGCAGACAGUAGAAAGACAAAGCAAGAAGAGGAUGAGGAUUUACACAGUGUCACCUAAGAAGGUCCAGAAUGCUUUGCAGCAUAUUUCGAGAGGUUUUGCUUUGGAUUGUCCAGUGCAGAUAGAGACUUUCCAACAUCCUGCUCAUAAUAUCACAUUGUUCUUUUGUCCUACUCUAUUUAAUUUAGCAUUUUUUUAAGAUGCCAAGAUUUCUUGUAACAACUGUGACCACUAGAUGUGAAUAGGCACAAAGUUACAGAACACUGUGUGUGACAUUCAGUUCAACAGGUCAUGUGAAACGACAGGAACUGGAUUCAUUCAUCACUGUGUAAUUUUGUGCUUGUUGAACUGAGAGUUAUGAAUUAAAGAAAAGACACUGCACGCUCUAGAUUAGCAGAGGUGAAACACAUUGUCAGUGCUAGUUUGCACCAUUUUAGCAUAAAUGACUGGCGAGGAAUAUGAAAUUCAGUGUUCCCAGGGUACAGUUAUGACCACUUAACCCCAAAAAUAGAUUAAAACUAAUCCCUAAGAAAAUGUAUGUUCCUAAACUUGAUUGGUGCAAAAGAAAGGCAACUGAAUACAAAAAACAAAGGUUUUCAUCACCUCGGUUGUACAGCUGUGUUUGAAAUCAACCAAUAAAAUCCUAGUUUUAAAGUUCAUGUGACAAAAAUAGUUUUGAAAUAAAAAUGGAAACAAGGUCUACGCUAAAACGAACCCCUUAAGAUCUGAGUCUUGGACUGCGCCUAAUCUGUAAAAUGCCUGUUAGAUAGUCCUAAAAACUUGAUUGUGAUGAGACAGAGAAAACAGCCUUCAUGUAUUAGCUUUUUGAAUGUAAAAUGAGUCUUUGAGACCACACCUACAUAGGGGGUAAAUGUAAUCACUCUAAUUUCCAGUCACAUGCCAUACAAACACACAAACCCUUCAUCACCACAGUCAUUCAGUAGGCCACAAAAAUAUCACGUCUCACACUAUUCGAUUAGUAAAAGCAUUUGUGGAUUUUCAGCAUUAAAAGUCAUGUCGUUUUUUUGACAGUUUUAUCUAUCAAUGUUUAGCAGACAUUCUUGCUCUUUGGAAUAUGAUGUCAGCUGUUAAUCAAACCAGGCAAACUUGGAGAUCAAGCCUUUCUCUAGGAUUCUGAUGAUACUUGAAAUAUACAAUAAUUGAUGCCCUCCAGGUGAACUGUCAGGUCCUCUAAAGCCGGAACAUCACCCUAAUGUUUUCUUUGCUGUUAUUGGAAAUGUAUGUAAUAACUUUUUUUUGCUCAGGUCUGCUCACUCAUGCCAGGCCGGAGCAGAUCUCUCUUCCACCCCAACAAUACAAUAAAUACCCUAAUGCAAUGUAGAGACCUUAAUGUCCUGUACACGCUACAUGUUAAUCUGCACUGUAUAUACAAACUUUGGGAAUGUGUCUUUUUUUUAUUUUUUAAAUUUUAACGAUCAAACGGCUUGAUAUGUAAAUAAAUCAAAAAUCUAUAACUGAAUGUGAAUUAAAGUGCAUUUCACCUUA